AUUUUUGUUGUGUUUAUGUAAAAAAAAAUAAUAAUAAUAAAUCUAUAUGUAUGUGACAGAAUUUAAUAAAGUUAAAUGAUGAUGAUAAUGAUGAAUAAUAAUGAUAAUGAUAUUGAUGAAAUUCGUUUUGAUGAUGAAAAUCUUAAAAAUUAUGAUAUUAAAAAAUUGGUUGGUAAUGGUGAAUUCUGUGAUGUUUAUAAGGCUAUAAAUCGUAUUAAUGGACAAGUGGUUGCAUUGAAACGAUUAAAAAUGAGACGUAUACAGAAUGGACAGACACGUAUGGAAUGUUUGAGAGAAAUUCUUGUAUUACGUCGAUUAAAUCAUUCGAAUAUUAUUAAACAUUUGGAUUCAUUCUAUGCACAUAAUGAAAUCUAUAUGGUACUUGAAUAUGCUGAUGCUGGUGAUCUAUCAAAAAUGAUAAGAUAUUUACGUGUUAAUAAUAAAUUAUUAUCCGAAAUGGCAAUAUUAAAUUAUUUUACACAAAUAUGUGAAGCAUUAGAUUAUAUGCAUUCAAAAUUUAUAAUGCAUCGUGAUAUAAAACCGGCAAACGUAUUGGUCAUGCAGAAUCAUACAGUAAAAUUAGCUGAUUUUGGUUUCAGUCGAUUAAUAUCAUCGAAUACAGAGAAUGUAAUUACAGUGGUUGGUACACCAUAUUAUAUGGCACCUGAACGUCAUUUUCAAUUAAAAUAUAGUUUUUCGGCCGAUAUAUGGUCAAUGGGUUGUUUAUUAUAUGAAUUGAUUAUGUUAUAUCCACCAUUUUAUGAAACAAAUCAACAUAUUAAUAUGUUGAUUAAAAAAAUAACUGAUUUAGAUUAUAAACCAAUCGAUUCAACAUUAUAUAGUAAUGGAAUACGACAAAUAAUUAAUAAUUGUCUUCGUUUAUCACCAAUCGAACGUUUGAAUAUUCAACAAAUAUUGGAAAUGAUACGUUUGAUUCAAUCAUCUCAUAAUAAUGAACAACAAAAUAAUAAUAAUAAUAAUGAUAUUGAUUUUAAUUUGAUUCUUACUCGACAACGAUCUAAAUCUCUUGGUAAUCAAAUUAAAAAUGAUGAGGAUAAUAAUAAUAAUAAUAACGAUGAUGAUGAGAUGGAUUCCAUUAAACAAAUUCAAUCAUCA